UGAGAUCUUUUUAUAUCACCAGAAAUCCUCAACAGUAUUUUUACGUGUACAAAGUAUCCAAUUGUUUAGAAUUAAGUUCAAAUUUAUCUUAAUUUGGUAAAUAAAAUUAAAGAAUAUCUUGACAUAGGAAAAAACUCUGCCCAGUUUCUUCGAUUAGUGGAUUUCAUUAUACCAAACGUGUGUUCACGCUCCUAUUAAGCCCGUCGCUGAACAUCUUCCCCAAACAACCGAUAAAUUCCAAACCCUUAAAAAAACCCUUCUGUUUCCUUCUGUUUCCACCUUCUUCAACUUUAAACCAAUUGAAGCAUCAUCAACAAAAUAAAAAGUCUCUGUCCAAAAUAACCGAUUUGUUUCUCUUUAGAGAAAAAGAGAGAAAAAAUAAAGCCCCAAACAUGGGAAUUUCAAUUUUCUCUCUUGUUUCCACGCUUUCCCUGAGUUUCCUUCUCCUCUCCAUUAAUUUUCCCACCGCCCAAUCAUCCCCUUCCUCAAUCUACGACCAUUUGGAAAUCAACGGCCUUCCCAUAGGCCUCCUCCCAAAAGGCAUAACCGAGUUUUCAAUCGACCCCGACACGCAACGUUUCCAAGUCAAUCUAACCCAAGCCUGCAACGCCAAAUUCGAGAACCAGCUCCACUACGAUUUCAAUAUCUCCGGAGUCUUAUCUUUCGGGAAGAUCGCGAAUUUAUCCGGUGUGUCGCAGCAGGAGCUGUUCCUAUGGUUCCCCGUCAUUAGCAUUCGCGUCGAUGAUCCAAGCUCCGGUUUGAUCAACUUUGAUGUUGGCGUUGUUAAUAAACAGUUCUCCUUGUCAUUGUUUGAAAUCCCCCGUGAUUGCACUGCCGUUGAUCCUGACGAUUAUCACUCUCAAUCAGAGAAUUCCCAGGUUGCUUCUUCAUAAAGCUUCAAGUUGCUCACUUGUGCACGAUAUUUUUUCUUUUUAUUUUUUAAUUUCAAUUUUACUCUUUUACUAAAAGGGUUGCUUAUAAUUAGUGUGAUUUCAUAUUUGAUUAAAAAUGAAAAACAAAAUGUUAAAUUGUAAGACGUACAAAAAGGAAAUUGUGGCAUAUAAAAAUAAAAUAAUGUAUUUUGUUAUUUACGUAAUUUAAUAUUUUACUUUAAUUAUCUAAAAUUACUAUUUUCAUUUGUAUAUUUUGCCUUUGUAGAGGUAAAAAGCAAGAAGCAGAAGUAACAAUGAAACAGAUUUCAUUACCUUUUGUUAAAUUUGCUAGCUAGUGUAAUUACUUUCAUUUACAUGGAGUAUUCUAUAAAUGAGAGAGCUACUAUGUAAGCUGGUGUCAACCUGAUUCUUUAUUGUUUUUACUUAUUUAGCUUUGUGCCCCUUGAAUUUUUAAUUAUAUUAUGUAGUUUCCUUCAGUUUGAUUUGUAUGCUGUUCUUUUGCUUGACUUUGAAAAUGUUGUUCUUAUACUAAAUUGAAGUAUGAUGAUUCCUUUUCCCUCGGAAAGUGUUUUCAUGUCUGAGCUUGACGAUAUCCUUAUCCCCUAGUUUUUAUAAGCCUGGCUAAGUUUAAUUUACUUGGAAAAUUUAGUGGUUGCAACAAAUCUUAUGAAGGGUUUAUAGUUUUGUCUACAGCUAAUGGUGUUAAAUUCCUUGAUAUUAUUAUAGUUCCUUGUGUAAUGGAUUCUGAUUAGUGAGAAAAAGGAUUUCAUUUGUUGAUAUUAUUUUCAUGGUUAGGUGCAAGGCAGUAUAAUGAUAUGCUACUUAUUUUCAUAAACUUGCUUAGCUUUGUGUUAGGGGGUAAGCUUUUUAUAUCUAUAAUAGAUUCUAGGUGAUUCUGAUGAUACUGGUUCAAGGUUUUUGUUUUUGGUUUCAUCAAAAUGGUAAAUACCUGUGAUAUUUGAGAGGCAAUAAUCCACAUAUGUAUAACCAGCAUUUGAUUUGUGAGAAUUUCAUAGCUAAAAUUCCUGGAAUUACAUAUUCUGAAAUAUACAUUUGCAUACACACGCACACAGAAAGAACUAUUUGUUGAUUAACAAAAUUGAUUUAAUGAGUCUGGAAUCAUGUAGUCCCAGGUAAUGAGAUAAUGGCUGAUUGAGCUAGCGAAGAUAACCUAGCUUAGUUUCACCUGUUUAACUUUUUUAUCUGUUUUUCUAUGAUUAAUUUAUUUCAAAAAAUCCCCA